AGAAACAUGGGUAUAAUAACCGCCUCCCUGAUAGUCCUAACUAUCACCUGGAUAAUCCAUUUCGCAUUCCGGAAAGCAAAAUUCAUUUACAACAAGCUUACGGUCUUCCAAGGACCCGCCGCACUUCCACUUAUCGGAAAUUUCCAUCAAUUUCACUUUUCACCAGAGGAAUUUUUCGAGCAAUCUCAGGGAAUCGCCUAUAUGAUGAGAAAAGGAGACGAGAGAAUUACAAGGGUCUGGCUUGGAGGACUACCUUUUGUGCUGCUUUAUGGAGCACAUGAGGUUGAAGCUAUCCUUGGGUCCCCUAAAAUGUUGAACAAACCUUUUUUGUACGGGUUUUUGAGUGCUUGGAUUGGAGAUGGGCUGCUAAUCUCAAAACCAGACAAAUGGCGUCCCCGUCGUAAACUGUUAACUCCAACCUUCCACUACGACAUUCUGAAAGAUUUUGUAGAAGUCUACAACAGGCACGGAAGGACCCUACUCUCAAAAUUCGAAGCUCAAGCUGGAACUGGAGAAUAUUCAGAUGUAUUCCAUACUAUAACUCUGUGCACAUUAGAUGUUAUAUGUGAAGCUGCCUUAGGAACAUCUAUAAAUGCACAAAAAGAUCCACAUUCCCCAUAUUUGGAUGCGGUUUUCAAAAUGAAGGAUAUCGUAUUCCAGAGGUUACUCCGCCCACACUACUUUUCGGAUACUAUUUUCAAUUUGAUCGGGCCUGGAAAAGAACAUGAUGAGUGUGUGAAGAUUCUCCACGAAUUCACCUCAAAAGCCAUAUACGCACGUAAAGCUAAGGUAGAUGCUGCUGGAGGUGUAGAGCAACUUUUGGCUCAGGAAACAGCUGAAGGACGAAGGCGGAUGGCUUUCCUAGAUCUCAUGUUGGAUAUGAAUUCGAAGGGAGAACUUCCGAUGGAAGGGAUUUGUGAAGAAGUUGAUACUUUUACAUUUGAAGGCCACGACACAACAUCAGCCGCAAUGAAUUGGUUCCUCCACUUAAUGGGAGCAAAUCCAGAAAUCCAAUCAAAAGUUCAAAAAGAAAUCGACGAAGUUUUGGGAGAAGCCGAUCGGCCAGUCAGCUACGAGGAUUUGGGAAAACUGAAAUAUUUGGAAGCCUGUUUCAAAGAAACUCUGAGAUUAUAUCCAUCAGUACCAUUAAUUGCAAGACAAUGUGUUGAAGAUAUUCAAGUACGUGGACAUACACUUCCAUCUGGAACUGCUGUUGUUAUGGUACCAUCAAUGGUACAUAAGGACCCUAGAUAUUGGGAUGAUCCGGAGAUUUUCAAUCCGGAAAGAUUUAUUACGGGAGAGCUGAAACAUCCAUAUGCUUAUAUUCCAUUUAGUGCGGGAUCCAGAAAUUGUAUUGGAAUGAGAUUUGCAAUGAUGGAGGAAAAGUGUAUUCUAGCAAUAAUCCUAAAAAAUCUGAAAGUCAAGGCAAAGCUGAGGACGGAUGAAAUGAGAGUUGCAGCUGAGCUCAUUAUUCGACCACUUUAUGGAAAUGAGCUGAAAUUCGAGAAACGAGAAUUUGGAGAUUAUACAUCCAUUUAUUAAUUUUGAGAUUAUUGAUUUUUUGAAAAUUUGAAAAAAAAAAUUCCUAAAAGAAAUGUUUUUUUUUGAAUUUUUUUUCAGAAUUUUGAAUUUUUUUUUAAAGAUUUGCUCAUUUUUUUGAAAUGUUUCAUUUUAUUAUUUUUUUUCUUAUAAUCAAAAAAUAUUUAUGGCAAGGAUCUCGGUUUUUUUUUAAUUUGUGAUAUUCAAAAUAUUAUUUUUUUCCUGUACUCAAGAUAUAUAUCUAACAUAAAAUAUAAUGCAAUUGAAUAAAUAUUUCAUAUUCAAAU